AAAUCAAACUGGAAAAAAAUUUAGACAAAAUAAAAAUUGGAAAGCGCAAGAACUUAUAGAAAAAACAAAAAAUAUCUUAUUGGUCUGUGAUAAGUGAAGGGAAGUCAAAAUUAAAUAACAAAAAUUAAAAAAAAAAAAACUUCAAAAGCAAAACGGCAGUCGGCAAAUAAAUAAAUGCGAGCACAAACCGCAAAAGAAACUUUUGGAAUUAGUAAAAUUGUAGAAAUCAUUUAACGCACCAAAUGAUAUCCGUAUAAUAUUCAAAAAAGGAACAGGCAAACCAACAACAACAACGUGCAACAACAGCAAUUAAAAGUGCGGUUUCACACAACACGCGAAAAUCUAUAAAAAUAAACGACAACAACAAAGGCAAAAAAGCUAAAAACAAACAACAAAACAAGAUAAAUAUAUUUAAAAUAAAAAACAAACGUAUGCCCCGAAAAUAAUUUUAACACGAUUUGAUGAUACACAUCAACUGUGAGGCGGCACUUCAUUAAACAUCAAAGCGAGUUGCGUUAAACCGCAAAACGUGCAACAGCAACAGCCACAGCGGCAGCAACACAAAUAACAGAAGCAGCAGCAGCAGCAGGAGCAGUAGGAGCAGCAGCAACAGCUACAGCAGCAAUCGAAAAAAUGUUGGCAAUGCCCACACUAAUGAUGCCAGCAACAGCACAGAUGACGCUCAGCAGUCAGCCGCUGUCGGUUGGGGCCAAGCCGUACGAGACGAAGCUGCUGGCCAUACACCAGACGCAUCUGCAGCAGCAGCAGCAGCAGGCUCCGGCACAGCAGCAGCAGCAGCAGCAGCAGGCCCAGCACCAGGUCAAUGUUAAGCAGCAGCAAUCGUCUCAGCAAAUGUCCAUUGUUACGACUCAGCAGCAGCAGCAUCCGCAGUCCCAGUCGCCGCACCAGCAGCAGUCGCAGCAGCAGGCAGUCGCCGCAGCAGCAGCAGCCGCCGCCGCAGCCGCUCAUCAUCAGCAGCAGCAGCAAGCAGCCGUGGCCGCUGCCGUCUGUGCCGCCCAGCAGCAGGCGGUGGCCGUGCAACAGCAGCAGCAGCAACAACAGCAGCAACAGCAGCAGCAGCAACAGCAACAGCAAUACCAAAUUCACUCGCAGCAACAGUCGCCGCAGCAGGUGCUUAGCGUGUCGCCCAAGCAGGAACAAUUCCACAUCUUUGUGGGGGACUUGAGCUCAGAAAUUGAAACUCAGCAAUUGCGCGAGGCAUUCACACCAUUCGGCGAGAUCUCCGAUUGCCGCGUGGUGCGCGAUCCACAAACCUUGAAGUCGAAGGGCUAUGGAUUUGUGUCCUUCAUCAAGAAAUCGGAAGCUGAGAGCGCCAUUACGGCCAUGAAUGGGCAGUGGCUGGGCUCGCGCUCGAUUCGCACGAAUUGGGCCACACGGAAACCGCCGGCAAGUAAAGAGAACAUCAAGCCGUUAACUUUCGACGAGGUCUACAACCAGAGCAGUCCCUCCAAUUGCACCGUUUAUGUGGGCGGCGUUAAUAGCGCCCUGACCGCGCUCAGCGAGGAGGUGCUGCAGAAAACAUUCGCGCCCUACGGCGCGAUACAGGAAAUACGCGUCUUCAAGGACAAGGGCUACGCAUUUGUGCGCUUCUCCACCAAGGAGGCAGCCACCCAUGCCAUCGUCGGCGUGCACAACACCGAGAUCAAUGCCCAGCCAGUGAAGUGCUCCUGGGGCAAGGAGAGCGGUGACCCCAAUAACUCGCAGACCAUGGCCAGCCAGGCAUUGAACAGCGCCGCCGCCGCCGCCGCCGGCUUUCCAUACGGCGUGAGCGCCGCUGCGGCCGCCGCCGCCGCCUACGGACAGCAGCUGGCCGCCACUGGAUGCUGGUACUCGCCGACGCCUACCUAUCCGGCCUCGUCGGUCACCGCAGCCGCUGCAACACCAGCUGCAGCGGCGGCCAACGCUGCGGCCGUUCAGAAUCAGUUCCUGCAGGGCAUCCAGGGCUACCAUUUCAGCCAGUACGGAGGCUACCAGCAGGGCUACAUGGGAAUGGGCGUGCAGAUACCAGCCACCUGGCAAGGCGUCACCCAGGCCCAGAUCUCGCCGGCCCAGCAGCUGGCAACGGGCGUUGCGGGCACUGCAAUACCACAGGCCGCCGGCGUAGUGGCCUAUCCCAUACAGCAGUUCCAAGUGAGCCCCCAGUUGCCAGAAGAUGAAUGGUUAGCUGCAAAUUUAUUGUGUUAGAAACAGAGAAAGCCCAGAAAUCCGAAUUACGAAUUAUGUAAAGCUAAUACAGAUGACACCCAUGUGUUCCACAGGUCUUUACACACUCUCUCAUUUGCCAUACAUCAAUUAGACGAGAUUGCCUGCACGCCUGCUUCCCCCCCUGGCCAAGGCUCUGCUCGAGUCGCUUCUCAGGCCAUAGGCAGCGACUG